GGUGCAAUCUUUCUCUCACGAUCGACGAGCCAACACAACCCGAUUGAUGUCUCCAUCAAACGCUCGCAAGAUGACCAUGAGCUGCCUCGUCGUGCUGGCACUGCUGCUGGCGACCACCGUGGAGGCGCAGGAGUGCAGGCGAAGCGGCACGCUCCGGCCGGGCAAGGGCCACUCGUGCGAGGACUGCUGCGAGGCAGGGAAGGCGUACCCGACGUACCGGUGCUCGCCGCCGGUCGUCGCAGGCGCCACCAGGGCCAUCAUGACGCUCAACGACUUCGACGAGGGCGGCGACGGCGGGGACCCGUCGGCGUGCGAUGAAGUCUUCCACCGCAACUCGGAGCGCGUGGUGGCGCUGUCCACGGGGUGGUACGCCGGGGGCUCACGCUGCGGCGACCGCAUACGGAUCCGAGCCAACGGCAGGUCCGUGCUCGCCAAGGUCGUCGACGAGUGCGACUCCGUGAACGGGUGCGACCGCGAGCACGCCUUCCAGCCGCCCUGCCGCAACAACGUCGUCGACGCGUCCCAGGCGGUGUGGGACGCGCUCGGCAUCACCGGUGAGGAGGUCGGCGAGUACGGCAUCACCUGGUCAGAUGCAUGACUGAUGACUCUGCCGCCCGCCGCCGGCCGGUGGAGCCUUAUUGUAGUGUUCUCUUGCUUAUUUGUAGCUCAUGUGUGUGUGUGUGGUGCCUUUGAUGUAGUGUUCAAAUGUAAUGUAGUGUCCUCGAUGAAUAAGUAAACUGUUCUUUUUUCGUAA